GGCCAACAUGGCGGCGACGGCGGGUUGCGGGUCGCCGCGUGAAUGGCAACACUGAUGACCAUCCGGAGACUUGCCUCCAUCUGUAUCAUGGGCGCCAAUGCCUCUGCUUUGGAGAAAGAGAUUGGUGCGGAUCAAUUUCCUAUGAAUGAGCAUUACUUCGGCUUGGUUAAUUUUGGAAAUACCUGCUAUUGUAACUCAGUCCUCCAGGCCCUUUACUUCUGUCGUCCAUUUCGGGAAAAGGUUUUGGCCUAUAAAGUCCAGGCCCGCAAAAAGGAGACCCUUCUGACGUGCUUGUCGGACCUUUUCAACAGCAUUGCCACCCAGAAGAAGAAAGUGGGGGUCAUCCCCCCCAAGAAGUUCAUUUCCCGGCUGAGGAAAGAAAACGAGCUGUUUGACAACUAUAUGCAGCAGGACGCACAUGAAUUCCUGAACUAUCUAUUGAACACAAUUGCGGACUUGCUGCAGGAAGAAAAGAAGCAGGAAAAACAGAAUGGCAAACUCCAGAACGGAAGCAUUGAGAGUGAUGAAGGGGAGAAGGCAGAGCUUACGUGGGUCCACGAAAUCUUCCAGGGAACACUAACAAACGAAACUCGCUGUUUAAACUGUGAAGCUGUAAGCAGCAAAGAUGAAGAUUUUCUGGACCUGUCGGUUGAUGUGGAACAAAAUACAUCAAUCACCCACUGCCUGAGAGGGUUCAGUAACACCGAGACACUGUGCAGCGAAUACAAGUACUACUGUGAGCAGUGCCGCAGUAAACAGGAAGCACAGAAGAGGAUGCGAGUGAAAAAGCUGCCUAUGAUUCUGGCUCUGCACUUGAAAAGGUUCAAAUACAUGGACCAGCUACACCGAUACACCAAGCUUUCCUACCGCGUGGUUUUCCCUCUGGAGCUGCGACUCUUCAACACAUCAGGAGAUGCUACAAACCCAGACCGGAUGUAUGAUCUCGUGGCUGUGGUGGUGCAUUGUGGCAGUGGUCCAAAUCGUGGGCAUUAUAUCACCAUUGUGAAGAGCCACGGCUUUUGGUUACUCUUUGAUGAUGACAUCGUAGAGAAAAUUGACGCUCAAGCAAUUGAAGAAUUCUAUGGAUUGACCUCAGACAUUUCCAAAAAUUCAGAAUCUGGAUAUAUCCUUUUCUAUCAAUCAAGAGACUGAAAUGGCACAUUUUGGGGACAUCUUGUGCACAAAAGAAGGGAUCAAGGCUGUGCCCAGAAUGAUGGCAGAAACAGAGUGAUGGCAGAAACGAUUCCUCCUGGUUAUCGUGGGCAAUCAAGUGGUGCAUUUCCUUGAGGAGAACAGUCCUGAGCAAGGAUGCAUUUUGCUUUGGUUUUCUUUCUAGGCUAUUUUAUACUUGCUAACUUCCAAAAUCUUUUACCUCUACUUGAAACCUGGCUGCUUAACUCUUCAAGAACCAAGAAAGUGAUUUUUAAAGUAACAUUGUAAAAUCCAUUCACUGUUCAGUUAUGGCUUAAGACUCGUCUUUGGUUUCCGUUAUUGCCAUUUUUCUGUUUUCUAACAGAACAAUUUCCCCUCUGGUAUUUGCUGAAUUCCUUCCUCUUUUCGGACUCAAGAGGAAGAAAGUUGCAGUUUUGAUACUGUGCAGCCAGCUUAAAUCAUUCUGGAAGCGUCGUGGUUUAAUUUUUACUUUUUUUUCUAUGGGAAAAGGACACUAGGUAUUUUUACAGGAUUGGAGAUUUUUUAAAGACGUCACUUUUAUUUCCGAUAACACUAUUUAUUCUACUUUUGUUCCGCUUUGUCUCUUUCUUAAAAUUUUCCUUGGAAGGUAAUUUUUAUAUGCUUUAUAAAUCUGUUAAUCCUUUGUAAAAAGAGAUUUUGACUCAGAACCACAAUACUGUAGAAGUCAAAAAAGAAAUAGUUGUAAGUGUUGGAGGUCACAUCUCUUCUCUAAGCCAAAAGUGCCAUCUGCUGAAACAGGAUCUAUUAAGGGUUCAGUUUUGCAUGUAAGCAAUUCUCGGCAUGGAUCAACAUGCUGUAAAUGGACAUCACCGGUCUAAACUUUAAGGUUUAAAUAAUAAUUACAAUUUUGGCCUUGAAAACAGUUCAGGGGUGGAACUUAAACUAAGGUCUAUCGAUGCUUUGAAAGGAGUUCCUCUUAACUUCAUCCUCUCCUGCUCUCCAGCUUUCAUUUUUCCAGUCCACAUUUAUGCUGCUCUUGCUGCUUCGACAGAGGAAUAAGGCAGUAUUAGGAAGACUAAAUCACACUUACGUCUAUUUUCCAAUGUUGCGCAUUAUAACUCUAAGCUCUUUUAAGAGGGGAAAAAUUAUACGGUGGAGAAGAAUCUGCCAGAUUUAGGCUCGUAAGAAGCUUAGACUGAGCUUAAUUUGGGCUGUGGGAACCAUUGGUGCCUCUCCCUCUUCACAGCAGCCUCCCAGAAGGUCUGGUGCCCAAGCGCCCUCCCAACCAACAGCAGCUGAUCCCAGCAGCUCUUGGUGAGCCUUGACAAAGCAUAGAUUUCUUUGUUCAUCCACAUGAACAGUAAUAAGAACGGGCUUUCUGUUUGGGAGAACUCGGAAAUUAUCUCUGCUUGUCCCAAUCACCUUCCUCCAUCAUCUUCUGCCGGGAAUUGCCAAGAACAGAAUCGACUCAGAAAAUGGCAAUGGCUGAACUCAAAUCUGGGAUUGGAAGGUCUGGCAAACUGCUUUCUUUUCCUUGCUUCCUCAGCUCCAUAUCUGGGUUUAACUUUUCCAUUGGAAAGCUUUUUCUUGCAUUGCACGAUUGUCCCAUCUCUGCAGCAGCAUUCAAGCUCCACAGACAAUGUCCGAGAAGAAAGAGACUCGCUGUCGUUUGCCUUAGACCACUUCAGAGCAUCAGAGUUUCUACAGAUUUCCAUGAGGCCUGGGAGAAGUUGGAGACCCUCAAGGGGGGGGGGGGAAUAACAAACUGAAUAUCUGGGAUCUCCAGGGAGGUCAUAAGAUUGCAGCCAUAGUCUUAACAGUAACUGCUUCCUUUUGGUUAACAGUGACAUUCCAUUAGCGACACAUAAUGUCAUGUAAUGUGUCGUCAAAUAAUUCGGAUUUCAACAGUCUCCCUACUUCAGGCGGGCAACUGGUGUGGAUAUAUUCAAUCCAAUGUGCAGAGUCCAAUUUUCUUCAGAGGAUGUCAUCUGUAACACAAAUAGCUAUUGGCAACUAGUGGGCAGUUUAUGCAUUAUUUAUGCAUUAGGGAAUGAACUUUCGGUUAGAAAAUGUCUCCAAGCAAAACCACUUCACCCUGGAGACUCCCUCUUUGGUGGGCAAAGCUGAUAGCUCCCUAGACAAAGCCCCCACCCCAUCGGAAGGCAGGGGCAACUGCCCAGCAUAGGAAACGGCUAGGCAUGUAUUUUGUAUAUUUGGUGAUAAUGUUUUUAUGAAUAAUACCUAACUUGAAAGAGGGAGAGAAUAUUGAAAAAAAUAUAUGUUAUAGAUUAAAAGUGCACUUUUGCUACAGAUUUAUAAGGGGUUUGAAUUGGAAGAGAAUGGUGUGAUGUGACUUCUGUAUAAUAAAUGAUGCCCUGAUAUCGCCAAUAAAGGCCGUGUACGGUGAAAUUGUCUCA